GACGUACGCGCACGCGGCAACUAAGGCGGGUAAAUCGAAAGCUGAUAGCAACCAACCGACAGCCCUUAGCAACCGGUUAGUUUCGUCAAACACGCGGUUAAACUGACGGCUUUUAUCUCCAAAACGAGACUUCAGCUGUAUGUUACGUUCGUCUGAAGCUGUUUUGUUGAGUUUCUGUGUUUGAGAUUGAGCGCGCUGAGGGUGAAGCUAGCAUGUAAACAAAGCUGUGAAUGAAUGGACCGACUCUGUUCACAUGUACAGUCCUCUCUGUGUGAUUGCUUUAGAUCAGUCUGAACAUGAGCUCUGUCAUGGAUGAUCCGACCCUUGAGAGGCAUUUUAAGGGUCACAGAGAUGCCGUCACCAGCCUGGACUUCAGCUCGAACAUGAAGCAAAUAGCCAGCGGCUCCGUGGAUGCGUGUGUCAUGAUCUGGAACACCAGGCCUCAGAUGAGGGCCUACAGGUUUGUGGGACACAAGGAUGCGGUGACGUGUGUCCAGUUCUCUCCCUCCGGUCAUCUCGUGGCCUCUGCGUCCAGAGACAAGACGGUCCGGCUCUGGGUGCCCAGUGUGAAAGGGGAAUCGACGGUGUUUCGAGCGCAUACGGGAACCGUGCGCAGCGUGAGCUUCUCCAGCGACGGACAGACGCUCCUCACCGCUUCUGAUGACAAAAGCAUCAAAGUCUGGACCGUUCACCGGCAGAAGUUCCUCUUCUCCCUCAACCAGCACAUCAACUGGGUGCGCUGUGCCAGGUUUUCCCCGGAUGGCCGUCUGAUUGUGUCUGCCAGCGAUGAUAAGACGGUGAAGCUGUGGGACAAGAACAGCAGGGAGUGCAUUCAUUCGUUCUGUGAGCACGGCGGAUACGUGAGUCACGCUGACUUCCACCCCAGCGGCACCUGUAUCGCAGCGGCCUGCACCGACAACACCGUGAAGGUGUGGGACAUUCGCACACACAAACUCCUGCAGCACUACCCAGUUCACAGUGCGACGGUGAACAGCCUGUCCUUCCAUCCGUCUGGAAACUACCUGAUCACGGCCUCCAGUGACUCCACGCUGAAGAUCCUGGACCUGCUGGAGGGCCGACUGCUGUACACGCUCCACGGCCAUCAGGGUCCGGCCAGCUGCGUGUCCUUCUCGAGGACCGGAGAAUUCUUCGCCUCCGGAGGUGCAGAUGAACAGGUGAUGCUGUGGAAGACUAACUUUGACAGCGUGGAUUACAGUGAGGUGCUGGAGCAGAAAGGCGCUCGAGAUGAGAAGGCUUCGGUUCACAGCAGCUAUAGAGGGCCGUCAGCACAGGAGUCCGGAGCCGCCGGUCAGUCCUCACAGAAGAGCAGCAGCACAGCUCCGGUCAGCCCUGGAGCCGGUCAGCCGGACAGCGUUCCCGCUGCGCUCGCCAGCACCCUCCAGCACAUCAUAGGACAGCUGGACGUGCUCACACAGACAGUGGCCAUUCUGGAGCAGCGACUGACUCUGACAGAGGAUAAACUGAAGGAGUGUAUGCAGAUGCAGCGUCAGUCCGUGUCUGAGAACUGAUCCAACCAUCUACUGGAGCUACAGCUACCUCACUGUCACCUCAAAGAGUUUACAGCUCACAAACCACCGUUAAAACUUCAUCCUUGUCCCAACAUGUUUGUGUUAAAGAGCCACCGUGAUAAGAGUGAAUUAAAUGACAGAGAGUCUGUAUUAUUUGGUGGCAGAUGUUUGUGUGUUUUUUGCAGUAACAGCAGUGUGAGGAUGGAGGAUUGUGCUGAGUGUGGAUGUGCUGCAGGCCUUAGCAUCAGCUCUACCGUAAUCCAUCCUAAAACCACAAACUGAAACUCAUCCUCGGCUGAAAUCUGAUAAGAGAAAUCAAAACGUGAAGCCUUCUUUCUGUACUGUGCUAAUUUAAGUAGUUUGCGUUUUGUUUUAUAUUAACUUUAAAGUUGUCAUUUUUUAAUUCACUUUUGCUGUUUUGAGUUAUACUGUCUCAUCUUCUAUGUAACUCAAUGUUUUUUUUACACUUUUUACAGUUUUGAUGUUUCACUUGUUGUCCAUGCCAGUAAAAUGUUUAACAUGGUGUGCUUACUGUUGUUCUUUCUGUAUACAGCAUUACUGUAAAUUGUGAAACUGAUAGUGAUCCUGAAUACUGAUUACCAAUGCUCUGUUUAAGCUGUGCUGUAAUAAAGUGAUGAAGUUUAAGUAGUAUAGUGAAUAUAGUGUCAGCUGGAGAGUGAUAGACCCGACACACAGUGGAUUUACUGAUUUUAGAAAACAGGAAUACAGGCUAUUAGAAUGCACAAUAUAGUAUCAUACUUUAUGUAAUGUGUUUAUUACAUUGAAUCAUGCAAAUACUGUGACUGUGAUACUGUGUUAAAACAUGCUACAACAUGGGAAAACAUGUUAGCAAUGUGUGUAAUUUUAAAAACAUGCUAACAACAUACUAAAACGUUAGCAAUGUGUUAAAAUGUUAGAAACAUGUUAGAAACAUGUUAGCAACAUGUUAGCAACAUUUUAAAACAUGUUA